GCUGGGUGUGAAGAUGGCGGACGAGGAGGCCGAGCAGGACCGUAGUCCUGAGAACGGUAUCAGUGAAACGAUUGGGGAACUUAAACAACGGUUGCAAGAACUGCAAAAAGUCUUGGUUAACGAAAGCUGCGACUCUCCAACCCAGUCCUCUUCUGAGUAUUGUCAAGAGUUUUGUAGGACACUGCUGGAGUAUGCAGGCCGUUGGAGGAUAGAGGAAGAACCUUUGCCAUUGGUGGAAGUGUACAUAGUGGCACUGCUGAGUUAUGCCGAGGCCUCUCCGCACCUCUCACUGCAGUGUGAAAAUGUUCCUCUUGUGGUUGAGAGGCUCUCACUGAGUUUUGUGGAGCUUUUGCUCUCACUGAAGACGGAUGUUCCAGAUGGCUUAUGGAAAGAAUUCAAGUCAUCUGUUCAGUUUGCCUACAGUCAGCUGCAGGUGAAUGGAAUCACUCAGCUGUCCCUGCUCUCUGCUUUGGGCCAGUAUGAUGGUGUUUGGACCAACAGCAUCCUACAAGGCCUUCUGUCCAACGAAAGCCUACAGACUGAACAGGUUGAGGAGUUCCUGGUGCAGGAGGGGCCGGUGCUGUUGGAGAUGAGAGUGAAGCAGCUGAUGAAGGACUAUGAGCCAGGGAAGGCAUCACUGCUGGCAAAGGCAUGCAACGAGUGUCCUGCCUUCCAAGGGAAGGGAACUUUCAAGCAGAUGUACCUUGUCUGCCUCUGUGCUACCUCAGAACAGGACCCGCUUAUGGACGAGCUUUCAAAGGUGGAUUGCCGUGAUGCAUUAGAGAUGAUCUGCAAUUUGGAGUCGGAUGGAGACGAGAGAGCGGCUUUCAGCUUAUGCUCAGCUUUCCUGACCCGACAGCUCCUCCAAGGGGAUACAUACUGUGCUUGGGAGCUCACUCUGUUUUGGAGCAAGCUACUGAAGCGAUUGGAGCCAUCAGAGCAGGGCUUCCUCGAUAGAUGUCGCCAGAUGUCCUUACUUUCCAAAACCGUGUACCACAUCCUGUUUCUCAUAAAGGUCAUCCAAUCAGAGAUUGACAGCGUUGGAUUGCCGGUGUGUAUCGAAAUGUGCAUAAGGGCUCUGCGAAUGGAAUCAAAUGAUGGAAACACCAAGGCCACUGUGUGUAAGACCAUAUCCUGCUUGCUUCCCACUGACCUGGAAGUCAAGCGAGCCUGCCAGCUGACUGAGUUCCUCUUGGAACCCACGGUGGAUUCAUACUACGCUGUGGAGACUCUUUACAAUGAACCAGAUCAAAAGUUAGAGGAGGAGAAUAUGCCUGUUCCCAACUCUCUACGCUGCGAGCUCCUGCUGGUUUUUAAAACCCAGUGGCCUUUUGACCCGGAGUUUUGGGACUGGAAAACACUUAAGCGUCAUUGUCUAGCAUUAAUGGGUGAAGAAGCUUCAAUAGUGUCAUCCAUUGACUUGCUGAAUGAUGCUGAGGACCCCGAAGAAGAGGAAGACUUCCUCAGUCAGGAGGGGUAUAACAAUAUUCCAGACCACAUAGUCAGUGGCACCUAUGAACUAAAAGAUAUAACAGACAAAAAACAGAAAAACAGAGAGAUGAAGAAACUGAGAGAAAAAGGUUUCAUAUCUGCAAGGUUUAGAAACUGGCAAGUGUAUAUGCAGUACUGUGUGCUGUGUGACAAAGAGUUCCUUGGCCACAGGAUUGUACGCCAUGCACAGACUCAUCUGAGUGGUGGAGUGUACAGCUGCCCAAUAUGUGCUCAAACCUUUACCUCAAAAGACACAUUGAUUCCUCAUGUAACAUCGCACGUUAAACAGUCAUGCAAGGAAAGGCUGACUGCAAUGAAAACAAACAAGAAAUUGGCCAAUCCUAAAACAACCGCUCCUGUAAUGGUGGCAUUAAAAUCCAAGACAGAAAACAGACCUUAUGAAAAUGGAGAUUCCAUGGUGCAAAAUGGGGGGGUGAGUCUGGCUUUUCAGACAAGAGUUGCUAAGUCUAACACAGAGAGCAGCGAGGACAAUGUGUGUCCUGUUGGAAAAUGCAGAAGGAGCUUCAAAUAUUUCAAAAAUCUCAUUGCUCAUAUUAAAGAUCACGGGGACAACGAGGAAGCUAAGACUUUCCUCGAAAUGCAGAGCAAAAAGGUUGUGUGCCAGUACUGCCGCCGCCAAUUUGUUAACGUCACCCAUCUUAAUGAUCAUUUACAGGUCCACUGUGGCGUGAAGCCUUACAUCUGUAUACAGUUAAACUGCAAGGCAAGUUUUCUUUCCAACACUGAGCUCCUUAUGCACAGGAAAACACAUUCUGUUUUUAAGGCCCGAUGCAUGUUUCCAAAUUGUGGAAAGAUUUUCAACCAGGCCUUCAAACUUUAUGACCAUGAGGCACAGCAUUAUAAAACGUUCACUUGUAAAGUUGUGGACUGUGGAAAGGUGUUCCAUUCACAACAGCAGCUGGAUUUGCACCAGGAGGGGCAUGCCACUAAAAAAGAAAGCCCAUCUUCUGAACAGAUCUCUCAAAAUGUGAAGCCCGGCCCUUCACUCAUUGAACAAAUGCUUUCCAGUAACGCUCCCAUUAAACAGGAGAAUUCCCAACAACACUGGAACCCAGAGAGUAAUUCAAGCAAUGGAAGACUGCCAGUGUCCAUUGAGAGUUUGCUGAAAUCUUCACAAGCACCUGUGGAAAACUUGGGACAAUACAGAGUCAAACAAGAGCCACAAAAUUCCUGUUUGUCAACCACCAGUCAGACACAGAGUUUGAAUAAUUCUGUGAUUCAGCCUCUGAAUUCCCAUGUGUCUGAUCCUAAUAGACACAAUCAUGUUUCAGGUGGUCAUUCUUUAGAUAUUGUGAGACCACCACAACAGAAUCAAACAGUACCUCAAUUCGAAGCAAAUUAUGCAUCCCAUACACAAAUGUUCCCCAGGAAUGUAAAUACUGGAUCAACGAGUUACAACCCUGACUGCAACUUACCAUUGUCAGGGCAGCAAGGGCCAAUGUGUAGUAGCAACAUGCUACCAUUACCACUGCCCCAGAACUCCUUAGAGCCAGCAAUGUCUCAGCCACUCCCUCCAUCAGUAAACUCUCAGCCACUAACUGGGAACAGAUCAGAGAACUCUGUGACAUCCUCAACUAGCACAGGCCCCCCUCCAGGACAGAGAGAGCGAUUUCACUGCGCAUUCGAAACAUGUACAAGGCACUACAGCUCCUACAGAAGUGUUAGCAAGCACAUGAAAACAGUUCACCCAGAGUUCUACGAGCAAUGGAAAGUCGCUCGAACUAGAAUUAAGAUAACCUACGCUCCAGCACCAAGCACGUCAUCUGUUGGACAUCUCAGUUCAGCCGCCUCAGUUAAGAACCAACAGGGCAACCGAGCAUCAGUUCAUGGGGUACGGAGGCAGAACGUUAUUCAGUCAGUUCCUUACAUUAAUAUGGGUACAAGAUCAGAUUGUACAGCUCUACAUUCCCAUUCCUCAUCGGCCCACAACCAGAGUGCUUCACUCCUGAUGGAAAACGUUUUAAAUCCCAUCGUUCUCUCUCAGCUAGGAACUGAUACAAAUCCAAUACCUACGCAGUCCCAAGUUUCAGGUUGUCAAAAUUGGAACUCAGUCACUGGUAGUCAGCAAGUUCAAAACUGUGGCUCUUCCCAAGUCUAUCCAUCUAUCAUGCAAGUGAUGCCGCAAGUCAAUUCUACCAGUGCUGCUCUGCCACUUAGUGUCCCAUCUUGCUCUGUGAUUGGGUCAACAAUGAACAGACCAGCAGAGUCCUUGCCAUCGCCACUUACAGGAAAUGGAUCCCAGUCAGUUAUGCCCUUGUACAUGGAUGGGGCUAAGGAAGUGUCACAACACACUGCAGACCUUAUUGCACCACAUACAUCACAGAUGCAACGCGGUUUAGUCUCCGGUUCUAGGGCAUCAGAAAAAAAUGAAUCGGUGCAAAAUCACGUGCAGUCAGAUUUUCGCUCUCCAAACAGGAGAGCCAAAAAAGCUAAGAAAAGCCAAAAAGACAGUAACAUCCAACCUCAAAAUGGUCCAGUCAUCUCUGAAAACACUCCUGAAAAUCAAAAGCGAUCAAGAAGAAGCAAAAGGACCAAAUGGCCAGCUAUUCUCAAGGAUGGCAAAUUUGUUUGCUGCAGGUGUUAUAGGCAAUUUGAUAGUCCCAAAUCCCUCGGGGGCCAUUUGUCCAAGCGUGUAAUCUGUAAACCCUACGAAGAGUCAGAACUGAACACAGACCUGCCAGCAUCAUUUCUUGACCUUCUCAAUUCAGAGCAAACAGUAAGCAAUGCUCAGCCACAGAUGUCUUAUAAUCCUCCUGCUGUUUAUCAAGAGAAGCCUCAUCAGUCAGUAACAACUAGUUCAACAGCCACAAAAGAUUACCCCACCCCUAAUUAUCCACAAGAUAAUUUGCCAGUAUAUGAGAACGAGUCAAGUGAGUCAAAUGAUGACAUUCUUAAACAAAUCAUGGCUGAAUCUAACAUGUCUGAUCUUUUCGUGAACACACCUGCUCCCCAACCAAUGUUCCAAAACCCCUGUGUUCCCUAUUUAGCUGGUGAGCGUUUGCCAGGGAGCUCGGUCAUACAGCAUACAGAAAAUAUCCAGCUGAAGCGAGAGGACAGCUCAUAUAGUUCAGCCCAUUAUCCUCAGCCUGGUGUAGAUAGUUUUGCUGGAGGUGAGUUCCCUGACCCACUUCUUUCUCAAAUUCUCACAGAAAACCCUUCGUCUGCUGUUUCUGGCAGUGUUCCUACAAACCCCAGUGAAGGUUAUCACUCCGAUACAACAGUUCAGACACCAGAUUCAAACCCAGUAACGCAAACACUGUUACCUGGCGGUCAGCUUAGUCCAGCAACAACAAGUGGCAAGCUGACUGAAAUGCAGUGGAAGACAACUGAGCAAGAUAUUAAAAAGAGACUGCGAGAGCAGAUUUUGGCUGGCGACUUUCAACGCAGACACAGCGUAUGCCUUUCAACUAACACUGACCCUAACGUCAGUUCAAAGAGUCCCAUGUCUUUUGGCCCAGUGUGCAGUCCUUCCAGUAAUUAUGGACUUAAUCAAAUGUCUCAUGAUGCAAAGAGCAACCCAGCUAGUCAAGAACAAGUCAUGCAAGAAAACUCGACAAUCAUCCCAGAAACUGCUGGGGAAAUUGAAGGACUACUGAACACAGAGAGCUUUACUUGUUUCAGAGAGAACUCCAGCCUGCAGCAGGAGGUACUGAGCCCCACAGGCGUCCUGGCAAAUGAUGUAGAUCUCGAGCCCUCUCAGUUAUCUGCCAGCCAGCAACAGUGGAUGACAGAAAUUCAAAGUGCAUUCGAAAGACUCAACUUGGUCAGAGAAAUAUCUGAUCAGAUGUCAGCUCCUGUGGAACAAAAUAGUACCCACAGUGCCCAAAAUAGUACCCACAGUACCCAAAACAGUACCCACAGUACCCAAAAUAGUACCCACAAUAAUACCUACAGCAAGACAGGAUCUACAAAGGACUAUAUCAAGCCAUUUGCUUGUGAGAAUGAGAACUGCACAUAUAGUUCAAUGUCAGGAGAAGCACUUUGGAAACACCUCUCCAAAUCUCACAAUUACACACUUGACAUGGUGAAUGUGGUUAAGAAAAGGUAUGGACUAUAUGCACCUUUCAAGUGUCAAAAAUGCAGUAAAAGAUUUACUCGCAACUCUAACCUUCGUGCACACUACCAGUCAGUUCACAAAUUAUCAGCAAAAGAAAUUGCCGAUCUAGACAUGAAGCGCAGAGAGGCAAAUGCUGCUGCAUCUGCUGCUAUUCGAAAUCGUCCUUCUCCAGCAGCUAAAGCCACAGCAGCUUCUCCUUCAUCAGUGGAGAAAGAAACACAUCUGUAUUCACUCCAAGAUGCAGUAAAAUGUAAUUAUCCAUCUAGUAACAUAGCUAAUCAGAAAUUUCAAGAUGACAAUCGCUCCACAGUCAUUCAUCCCUUGCAAGCAGCUCCCAUGUGCAAGCAAGAGGUUGCUCCAGCAGUGCAGGCCCAUACCUCUACAACAACCUUUCAGUCAGUACAAGCAGGGAUGGCAGCACAACAGUGGUCACGUGGGCCACAAAGAAUCUUGCCCAGGGUGCCCAUUCAACAAGUUGGAGCCCAUUUGCCCAAGAUGUCAGCUGCUCUCACCAAGGCUAUGUCUGCCACACCCAAAGCUAAUGCGCCUCCAUCUCUGGAAAAACAAUCUGCAAUCAACAGGCAGGCAUUAGACAUUACUAAGAAGACUAAAGAGAAGAAGCCUAACUCAGAUGAUGCCAUGAGUCCGUACAGACCAUAUCGCUGCGUUCAUCAAGGUUGUGUGGCAGCCUUUACCAUCCAGCACAAUCUGAUUCUCCACUACAGAGCUGUUCACCAGUCUGCUUUGUCAGCUUUGGAAGUGAACAAAGAGCAGGACCAGAGUGAGGGACUGGAUGAAACAAUGGACCACGAUGAGGAGGAGCCAGAGGCAGACAUCCCCCAGAUUUCUGAAUUCAGAUGCCAAGUCAAAGACUGCUCUCGAGUUUUCCAAGAAGUUCCCAACCUUCUGCAGCACUAUCUUCAGCUGCACGAGUUCAGUCUCGAUAAGGUCGGCAGUAUCUUGUCCAGCAUCAAGCUCGGAAAGUUUGCCUGUAGCCACCAAGGAUGCACAGCAACCUUCACUGCUUUCUGGAAGUACAUAGGGCACGUCAAGGAACAGCAUAAAGAUCUGAAGUUGGCCAAACCUGAACCAAUAAACGUGUUGUUUGAGUGUGAAAUUGAAGGCUGUGACCGUUCAUAUGCCACAAAGUCAAACUUGCUCAGACAUGUUAUGAAAAAGCAUCAGGAUCUCUACCAGCCUAAAUUAAAGAAUCAACAGAUAAAAGAAGAUGGGACGAAACAGAACUCAAAGACUUUGCAUUACCAAAUUACCAAGACAAGUAACGGAAAGGAAAACAUUGAGAGCAAUAAAAAGAUCAUACAGAAGGGAAGUGACACAAAAAGAGUUAGCAAGGCAAGUAAGAGCAAUCACUGGACUAAAUAUGGAAAACCCUCCUUGAAAUCGAAAGUUGAAGCAUCUGCAAUGUGCACAAAGAAGUUUCCUCUACAAUAUCCCUGUAUGAUAAAAGGUUGUGAGUCAGUCAUGAAAUCAGAGCGGAGCAUUUUAAAACAUUAUGUGGGACAUGGACUGUCAGAAAAGUACCUGGAACAGCAAAGGAGUCACUUCAUAUUCUGCAAAAAGGUCCCCAGGCAGAAGUGCCGCCCCAUCAGGAGUGAUGAUUCCAAAUCAGACAACACCUCUGAACAGUCAGACAAUGAGGUGACAGUAGAACCUGUGCCUGAAGGAGGGGAAUAUGAAUAUUCAAAGCCUGUCCUACGGAAAAGAGCCACAGCAGGGUCCCCUGCUACAGUAUUUGACAGCAAAUUAUCAAAUGAUGAAAGUUCAGAUGGCUCUGUGGUGCUCAAACGUAAACGAGGACGUCCACGAAAACUGAUCGAAAAAAUAGUGAAACGUAAGAAAAUUCCACAGGUGACCAAGGCCGAAGUAGUUUUCAGCAAGGAGGAGCAUUCGGACCCCCCUUGCCCUGCAAUAAUCCAACAGGAGAUGAGUGAGCAGAGUGCUUCAUUGGCCUCCUUUAAACCAAUGGGAUUUGAAAUGUCUUUCUUAAAAUUUCUGGAACAGUCAAAUAAAUGUGAGCAUCCCUUGACGAGGAAGGUUGAUGUAGUAGAAGCACCAGUGAGAAAAACAUCCAGUCUGAUCACCAAAGACACCUGUGUGAGGUUCAGCAACCGUCAGAAACUGAAAUCACUUAGUAAGGUCAAAAUCUAUAUAGAUGGGGCCUUUUCAGGUGUCACUGACCUUAUGUUGAAACAGCUGCAGGACAUGCAGCCCAAGGUCGUAUUGUAAGAAACAACAACAACAAAAAAAAGUUGUCCUUUGUUGUUUUUGUAAAGCAGAAUCUCAGGACUAGAAUGAGUAAACUCUGCUGCAGACUGGUGCCCUACAUUUGAAAUAUUUUUUACACAUCCAGUUAUAAAAAAAGAGAGAAUAAAGGAGUCGUUUUGAAUUAUACUGUAAUACCUGUACAAUUUUUGUCUUUUUUAUAGAAAAGUAUAUAGCAUGUUUUUAUUUUAUGGACUAUUGAGUCAAAAGGUAACCUGAAACUUGUGACAUCAACCUUUGGUGUCUUAAUUAUCCCUGUGGGACUUAAAGACAAACAGACUUUGAAAACUGAUUGUAUUGUUGUGUGUAGUUUGUGAUUUGAAGAUGUUGAUUAUUGUGCGUUGGUUAUAUAGUCUGAAUCACCCACUGCCACCAGCAGUCUUACUAUUAAAUGAACAGUUUUUUACAACCA